AUGUUAAAGGCAAUCGAAAAUAUCAAGAUUCAAAUCCUCAGUGCUAUCGUAGCCUGCCGUCAAAGUGGUAAGCCCAAUAUUGCUAGGUUAGCGCGGGAAUUCGGGGUUCCGUACGGUCGGCUUCGCUAUCGCAUUAACGGGCGUAAGGCUAAUUCCACUUUUACUACGGAGUAG